UUAUUGUUGUCUGAAUCUGCAGAAUUGAUGGUUAUAACCCGGGUCUCUGUUUCCAGUCUGAACGCUGAGGAGCCGUUCUGUCGAAUCUGUCAUGAAGGCAGCGGCGCGGGUGAUCUGUUAUCUCCCUGCGAGUGUGCCGGCUCUCUGGCGAUGGUGCACCGUGUUUGUCUGGAGCACUGGCUCACGGCCUCCGGCACCAGCCACUGUGAGCUCUGCCACUUUGAGUUCGCUCUGCAGAGACUUCCCAAACCACUCACCGAGUGGUUCAGCACACCCUCCAUGCAGCAGCAGAGACGGACGCUGUGCGGGGACGCCAUCUGUUUCCUGUUCAUCACACCCUUAGCGAGUCUGUCAGGCUGGCUGUGUGUGCAGGGAGCCAUGGAUCUGUACUACAGCAACGGCAUGAAGGCCGUGGGACUCAUUGUUCUCACACUCACACUCUUCACUAUUUACCUCUUCUGGACUGUUGUAUCCCUACGUUACCACAUUCACCUCUUCAGGACGUGGAAUGAGACGAAUCCCAGUGUCCGGCUACAGAUUCCCCGUCCUGUGAAGACGCAUCAGAGACCAAAACAUCUGACAAUGCACUUCUUGUGCAAAUACAAGAGUAAGGAGACCAUGGUGUAGUUCCUGAAACAUCAUCAGGAAGAAAACAGAAAACUCAUGACGUCCUGACUUUGUGUGAAGCCCUGAUUUCGAGUCACACUCCGAUCUGGAAUGAUAUUCUGAUCUGGCACUCACACGCUGAACUGAAGAGAUGUCCUAAUUUGGAGUGAAACCCCAAUUUUGAGAGAUUUGGAGUUACACUCUGAUUUGGAGCGGAUGGUUUCAUCUGAACUUCUGUUUUAAAUAAUGGAAGAAAAGAACAUGUCUUCUUAAAUAAACCAGAGAACAAUGUUUUUGAUAUGAUAACAAUUGAGCUAUUUAUACCUGCAGGUUUUACCUUACAAAACUUGCCUCAUAAUUAUUCAACAGAGUAUAUGUCUAGAAGAACAUACAGUGGCUGUGGCUA